CCGCUGAUUGGCUAUUUUAAGCAGCGGAGUUUGCCGGCGUGGUUAGGCAUUACCCCGACACGCACACUGGUGUCUCCGUACGCUCUUGUUUAGCCUUCCCGCUUCUGCGCAGCUUGACCCGGCCGAAGCUUCCCAGCCUCCCCCUGAGUCCUCUCGGCCCUUGUGAGCAGCAUGUCUGAUUACGGCGGUCUGCCGACGAACGGAGUCGGCGCUGGGAUGAAAAACGACGCUUUUGCUGAUGCAGUACAACGAGCCCGACAGAUUGCAGCUAAAAUCGGUGGAGACGGCGUUUCCUCAGUGAGCAACAACGGAGGAGCUGAGAACUAUCCAUUCACAUCACAGAAGAGAUCCCUGGAAGAAGCAGAUGAGCCCGAUGCCAAGAAGGUAGCAUCACAGGGUGAAAUUGAUUCUGCAAUGUCUAUUGGAGCUCAGCUGGCGGCCCUGUCCCAACAAAGUGUCAGACCCUCGACAAUGACGGAAGAGUUCGGGGUGCCUGAUGGCAUGGUUGGUCUCAUCAUAGGCCGAGGAGGAGAACAAAUCAACAAAAUUCAGCAGGAUUCUGGCUGCAAGGUCCAGAUUGCGCACGACAGCGCUGGUCUUCCAGACAGAACUGUUUCUCUGACCGGGUCACCAGAUGCCAUACAGAGAGCCAAGGCCCUUAUAGAUGACAUCGUGUCAAGGGGCCAUGAGGCGCCUAAUGGGCAGUCGGGUUCCAUGCAGGAGAUGAUCAUCCCUGCAGGCAAGGCCGGCCUUAUUAUCGGUAAAGGAGGAGAGACCAUCAAACAGCUACAGGAGCGGGCUGGAGUGAAAAUGAUUCUUAUUCAAGAUGGAUCCCAGCCACCCAACAUAGAUAAACCCCUACGCAUCAUUGGAGACCCCUACAAAGUGCAGCAAGCAAAGGACAUGGUUAAUGAGAUUCUACGAGACAGGGAUCAUGCUGGCUUUGGAGACCGGAAUGAAUACGGACCAAGGAUGGGAGGGGGAGGCGGCGGAGGAGGAGGGGGGGCGGUACAGAUCGCUGUUCCUCGCCACUCCGUUGGAGUUGUAAUUGGCCGAAGUGGGGAGAUGAUCAAGAAAAUCCAGAGUGAUGCUGGAGUGAAGAUACAGUUUAAACCAGAUGAUGGUACAGGUCCUGAAAAAAUAGCCCACAUUAUGGGUCCACCAGACCAGUGUCAGCAUGCUGCUUCAAUCAUCACUGACCUGCUACAGAGCAUCCGUGCCCGAGAGGAGGGUGGACAGGGGGGCCCGCAAGGUCCUGGUGGAGGGAUGCCGCCUGGUGGGGGGCGUGGACGAGGUAGAGGCCAGGGGAACUGGGGUCCUCCGGGAGGAGAGAUGACCUUCUCCAUUCCUGCCCACAAAUGUGGACUGGUCAUUGGCAGAGGAGGAGAAAAUGUCAAGUCCAUCAACCAACAGACUGGUGCAUUUGUGGAGAUAUCUCGUCAGCCACCACCAAACGGUGACCCUAACUUCAAAAUGUUCAUCAUCCGAGGGUCCCCAGAACAAAUUGACCACGCAAAGCAGCUCAUUGAAGAGAAGAUUGAGGCUCCAUUGUGUCCAGUGGGGGGUGGUCCUGGUCCAGGGGGUCCAGGGGGCCCAGGUGGUCCCGGUGGUCCAAUCGGUCCCUAUAAUCCAAACCCUUAUAAUGCAGGGCCUCCCGGUGGUGCUUCACACGGAGGCUCGCCUGGUGGCCCCCAGUACUGUCCACAGGGUUGGGGAGGCAACUACCAGCAGUGGCAAGCCCCAGGUGCACAUGACCCAGGUAAGGCGGCGGCAGCAGACCCGAACGCAGCAUGGGCGGCAUACUAUGCACAAUAUUAUGGCCAACAGCCAGGAGGCGCCAUGGCAGGCCAGAAUCCUGGAGCCCCUGCAGCAGCAGCACCAGGGGACCAGGGCCAAGCGCCACAGGCUUCUGGGGGCCAGCCAGACUACACUAAAGCUUGGGAAGAGUAUUACAAGAAGAUGGGCAUGGCCCAGCCAGGUGGAGGGGCUGGAGCCGCUCCAGGUGCAGCAGCAGCAGUCGCCCCAGCAGCAGCAGCACCUGGAGGAGCAGCUGGAGGCCAGCAGGACUACAGUGCUGCCUGGGCUGAGUACUACAGACAGCAGGCUGCCUACUAUGGACAGCCAGGACAGGCGCCUGGACAGGCAGCUCCUCCACAGCAAGGACAACAGCCCCAGUAAAACAAUCGGCUCGGCCCUUUGGAAGGUUGUGAUGGCUCUCUGGACUCGUUUGUUUUUUCUAUCAAGAUAUUUCAUCGUUUGGCUU